UAUGCGUUUUCUGGACUGGAAUUAGACAUCGAUCCCGGCCCUGGAGAGAGAGCAUGGCUUCCCCUGGAGACUGGAGAGACGAGGUUUCCACGGAGGAGGAUGUGCAACCACCGCGGCCGAAAAAGCGCACGGCACAGGUGUCCUGUUUGCCCUUCAGCGUGGAGGCGCUUAUAUCGGACAAGAGAUCGCUGAAUAUGACGGACAGUAAAGAUGGAAAUGAUCAACAGGGACACAGGCCAGAUGUGUUUUCCCAACAAUUAGUAUCUAUCAAACCAGAGCCAUCAGAUCGAGACUGUGCGUCCUGGAUAUCCAGCCCAAUUAAGAUGUCAACACCCCCCCGGCAGCUCAGUCCAGCAGUGUGCUCUCUGAGGAAGCACAAAAGCAACCGCAAGCCUCGCACUCCCUUUACCACCACGCAGCUCCUGGCCCUGGAGAGAAAGUUUCGUCAGAAGCAGUACCUGUCCAUCGCUGAGCGGGCAGAGUUCUCCUCCUCUCUGUCGCUCUCUGAGACCCAGGUCAAGAUCUGGUUCCAAAACCGGCGAGCUAAAGCCAAGAGACUUCAGGAGGCCGAGGUGGAGAAACUCAAAAUAGCAGCUGGCAUUGGGCCCAAAGCUGUAUACCACCCAGGCUUCCCGUCUUUAGGGUUCCCCCUCAGUGUUGAUCUGCAGGCCGGAUCUACGGCACUCUAUGGACUGAGCUGCUCAUACGGCCGCAUUCUCCCCGCUGCACAUCUAGCCAUGUGCGCCUCACAGGUCGGCCACAGCCUGUUCCACCUCUCCUGA